AAGGAAAGGCUAAUGUAUCAGACUUUGACGCACCGAAGCUGAACGCUGUGCACCCACCAUGACCGCCGAUGACUCGUUUUCUCUGAACGACGACGCCUUCGCGGCGAACCCUAACGUCGAUAUCUCCAUAGAAGAAGGCUGUCAAAGCAGUGGAGAAUUGCUCGAGGAAGAAGGAAAUAAUCUUGAAAAUGAUUGUGAGCAAUUAUUUCGGAUGGAUGAUGAUGAUCUUGAUGAUAGAGAUGAAAAAGUCCUGUUAGAUGGUCAUCGAAAUCAUGGAAAUGAUUUAAGCAUAAGUGAUGGUAAUGAAAGCUUUGAUGGUGAUAUAAGCAUAAAUGCUGACCAUGAGCAUGACAGAGAUGAAAGUCCUCUGAUUGAUUGCCAAAUUGAAUUAUCUAGAGAUCAGAAUUAUCCUUCUCCAGUUGCCGGGAUGGAAUUCGAUUCAUAUGAUGAUGCCUAUAAUUAUUAUAAUUGCUAUGCUAAGGAACUUGGCUUUGCUAUUCGAGUGAAGUCCUCAUGGACUAAACGUAAUAGCAAAGAGAAACGUGGGGCGGUUCUCUGUUGCAACUGUGAGGGGUUCAAAACCCUUAAAGAAGUUAACAGUAGAAGAAAAGAAACUAGGACAGGGUGUUUGGCAAUGAUUAGGUUGAGGUUGGUAGAAUAUAACCGAUGGCGAGUUGAUGAGGUAAAACUUGAGCAUAACCAUUCUUUUGAUCCUGAAAGAGCUCAGAACUCCAAGUCACACAAAAAGAUGGAUACUACUGGGACUAAAAGAAAGGUUGAACCAACUAUUGAUGUAGAGGUUCGAACAAUCAAGCUAUAUCGGAGUUCUGCAUUGGAUGCAAUGGGCCAUGAAGGCUUAAAUUCACAUGGAGAAUCUAAAGCACAUGUCUACAAGCCUAGGUGCCUGCUGCUCAAGAAAGGUGAUGCCCAAGUCAUUCAUGAUUUUUUUCGUCGAGUUCAGCUUAAUGAUCCAAAUUUUUUCUAUGUGAUGGAUUUUUAUGAAGAAGGUCUUUUGAGAAAUGUUUUAUGGAUCAAUUCCAGGUGUAGAGCUGCUUACAGUUAUUUCAAUGAUGUGAUAGCAUUUGACACCACAUGCUUGUCUAGCAACUUUGAGAUUCCACUAUUUGCGUUUGUUGGAAUAAAUCAUCAUGGCCAAUCUAUCUUACUUGGCUGUGGAUUACUUGCGGAUGAGACGCUAGAAACAUAUAUUUGGUUAUUAAGGGCGUGGCUUACAUGUAUGUCUGGUCGUCCCCCACACACUGUCAUCACAAACCGAUGCAAGGCUUUGCAAAAUGCAAUAGCUGAGGUUUUUCCGAGGGCUCAUCAUCGGCUUUGUCUAUCAUAUGUUAUGCAAAGCAUUCUUGAGAAUGUGGGAGAGUUGCAGGAGUCCGAAACAUUUCAUGCAGUGCUAAGUAGGACAAUAUAUGAUUGUGCAAGAGUGGAAGAUUUCGAAAUGGCUUGGGAAGAUAUGAUCCAGCAUUUUGGGAUAAAAAAUAAUGAGUGGCUCCGAAGUUUGUACGACGAGAAAGAGCGCUGGGCUCCUGUUUUCUCAAAAGAGACAUUCUUUGCUGGAAUGUAUAAUUGCCAGAAAGGCGACUGGAUAAUUCCUUUCUUUCAUGGCUAUGUGCACCAACAAACUUCUUUGAAAGAAUUCUUUGACAUAUACGAAUUAGUUCUUCUGAAAAAGCAAGACAGAGAAACUCUCCAGGACCAAGAGUCCAGUGAGUUGAGCCCCCUGCUGAAGUCGAGAUGCCCCUUCGAAUUGCAGCUUGCUAAACUAUAUACAAAGGAGAUAUUCAGCAAAUUCCAAGAUGAAACAGUGAUGAUGUCUUCUUGUUUUAGCCUUCCUCAAGUCGAGACGAGCGGUGGACCCAUCAUGACGUUUGUGGUCAAAGAACGUGGAGGGGAGGAGAUUCCCCAAGACGGAAGGGCUUACGAGGUUAUGUAUGAUAAAGCAGGAGGGGAAGUCCGCUGCAUUUGCAACUGCUUCAACUUCAAAGGCUAUCUAUGCCGACACGCACUGUUCAUCCUAAGUUACAAUGGCAUAGACGAAAUCCCAUAUCAGUAUAUUCUAUCGCGGUGGAGGAAGGAUUUGAAACGCGUUUAUGUCCCAGAUCUUGGCUGCAAUAACAUAGACAUUACAAACCCAGUUCAGUGGUUUGAUCACUUGCACAGAAGAGCAACGCAAGUUGUUCAAGAAGGCAUGACAUCUCAAGACCAUUAUAUGGUUGCUUGGCAAGCACUUAAGGAGUCCUUGAAUAAGGUGCGUCUCGUUCCUGAUAGGCAUGUAUAAAAUGGCUAUACCAAUCCUGUAAAUAACCUGACAUUUUUGUGUACAUUAUCUCUCAUUAGUUCAACCAUGUCUCUGAAGAUU